UCAGCACAAUUAGCACAUGUGAUACCUAGUUUGCACAUACCCUUGGCAUCUUUAAUCAGCUAGAUAGCUCGAUCCCUAGCUAGAUAGAUACGAGGCCAUGAAGGUGCUUCUCGGCCUUGUGGUGGCUCUCGCCGUCGGUGCCGGCGCAGUGCGGGCGGGCAAGCCGGUAGUGCCGGCGGUGUUCGUGCUGGGUGAUUCGACGCUAGACGUGGGGAACAACAACCACCUGCCGGGGAAGGACGUGCCCAGGGCCAACGUGCCCUUCUACGGCAUCGACUUCCCCGGCGGCCCCAUGCCCACCGGACGGUUCAGCAAUGGCUACAACAUCGCCGACUUCAUCGCCAAGAACUUGGGCUUUGAAAAGAGCCCUUUGGCCUAUCUGGUGCUGAAGUCACGCAACUAUCUCAUCCCCAGCGCCCUGACGAGAGGAGUCAGCUACGCCUCGGCAGGAGCUGGGAUCCUCGACUCAACUAACGCAGGAAACAACAUCCCGCUUUCAAAGCAGUUGAUCUACUUCGCGUCAACCAAGUCCGAGAUGGAGGCCGCUUGGGGCACUCAGAAGGUCUCCACGCUUCUCGCCAACUCAUUCUUCCUCCUCGGUUUCGGCAGCAACGACAUGUUCCAGACCAACCCUAAGACCCCAGCCGACGUCGCCGCGCUCUAUGCCGUCCUCGUCUCCAACUACUCCGCCGCCAUAACAAACCUGUAUGGGAUGGGUGCGAGGAAGUUCGGGAUCAUCAAUGUGGGCCCAGUAGGAUGCGUACCGGGGGUCCGCGUGCUAAAUGCAACGGGAGCGUGCAACGACGCUAUGAACAGCUAUGCCGUCGGAUUCGCUGCUCUCGUGAAGUCGGCGCUCGCUAACCUUGCUCCAAAGCUUCCUGGCUUUGCCUACUCCCUCGCCGACUCCUUUGCCGCCACACAAGCCAGCUUCUCCAACCCGCAGUCACUCGGUUUCGUAAGUUCGGACAGCGCGUGCUGCGGGACAGGGAGGCUGGGCGCGGAGGGAGGAACGCUAUGCAAGAGGAACGACACUUUGUGUGCCGACCGGGACGCCUACGUGUUCUGGGACUCGGUCCACUCCACACAGAGGGCCGCUGAGCUUGGUGCCCAGGGUCUGUUCGAUGGCCCAGCUGAGCUCACCACACCAAUAAAUUUCAAGCAGCUGGCCUAUAAGAGAUACUGAUUUUUUUUAGGCUAAGAGCAAGAUAUAUUUAUUUUGUUUGAGGAAAAAGAACAAUUUCUUCUUUUUUUACGUGUAAGAGAUGCUUAAUUAUCAAUUCAUUGUCGCUGUUGGUUGUAGUUUUCUUGUUUCUGUCACCAUAAUACAGCCCAUGGCCUCUAGAAAAAAAGGAGUAACCUGAGAUUAAUCUUCUAAUUUAUCUUUAAUUUCAUUUCAAGUCUGAGACAUGUAAAAUUUUAUUGGAAGUUGCAUUAUUGCACCC